GGCCCUUCCUCCUCUGAGCAAGAUGUCCACCGGGAGCCCGGCCCAGCGCCCGCGGCCUUGAGUGGGGCGCUGAGCCCCCCGCAGCGCACCAUGGGCAACGCCAGCGCCGACAAUGCCUCGGUGCUCAGCUGCGUCAUCGACCACACCAUCCACCAGACCCUGGCCCCGGUGGUCUACCUGGCCGUGCUGGUGGUGGGCUUCCCCGCCAACUGCCUGGCGCUCUACUUCGGCUACCUGCAGAUCAAGGCCCGCAACGAGCUGGGCGUGUACCUGUGCAACCUCACGCUGGCCGACCUGUGCUACAUCUGCUCGCUCCCCUUCUGGCUGCAGUACGUGCUGCAGCACGACCACUGGUCGCACAGCGAGCUGUCGUGCCAGCUGUGCGGCAUCCUGCUGUACGAGAACAUCUACAUCAGCGUGGCCUUCCUCUGCUGCAUCUCCAUCGACCGCUACCUGGCCGUGGCGCACCCCUUCCGCUUCCACCAGGUGCGCACGCUGAAGGCGGCCGUGGCCGUGAGCGCGGGCAUCUGGGCCAAGGAGCUGCUGGUCAGCGUGUACUUCCUGCAGCACCCCGAGGUGGUGGAGGAGGGGGGCCCCAGCCGCCACCGCCUGUGCUUCGAGCACUACCCGCUCUUGCCCUGGCAGCGCGCCUUCAACUACUACCGGCUGCUCGUGGGCUUCCUCUUCCCGCUCGGCCUGCUGGCCGCGUCCUACCGCGGCAUCCUGCGCGCCGUGCGCCGCAGCCACGGGACCCAGCAGAGCCGCAAGGCGCAGAUCCAGCGGCUGGUGCUCAGCACCGUGGUCAUCUUCCUGGCCUGCUUCCUGCCCUACCACGCGCUGCUGCUCGUGCGCAGCGUCUGGGAGCGCAGCUGCGGCUUCGCGCGCCGCAUCUUCGACGCCUACCACUUCUCCUUGCUGCUCACCAGCCUCAACUGCGUGGCUGACCCCGUGCUCUACUGCUUCGUCAGCGAGACCACCCACCGGGACCUGGCGCGCCUGCGAGGGGCCUGCCGGGCCCUGCUGCCCUGCGCCGCCCGGGGAGCCCGGGGGACCCGGGAUGCGCCCCCGCUGGGCGCCCCCGACGCCGCUGCCGCCGCCGCCGCCGCGGGCCCUGGUGAGGACCCCGAGGUCCUGGCCAAGCUCCACCUGCCCUUCCAGGGCCCGCACUCGGGGACGGCGGCGGCGGCGGGGGCAGCGCUCACGGCCGGCCUGGCCUAG